CAAAACAGAUCCUGAAGUUUCUAAGUUUGCCACACUCAAAAAGCGGGCAGUUAUGGAGAGUGAAAGUACAAGUUCUUCAGCUCCGGUCAACGGUAACCUUGCACAAACUGUAGAUGACCUGUCCAAACACAUGCUAGAACUAGACGAAGAUGACGACUUGGAGGUUUUCAGUAAGGAUGCCAUGUUGACUGAUGCCAGCACUUUUAGUGCUUCUAUGCCCGCCUCCCCUGCAUCCAUGAUUAACCAGUAUAAGCAUGAAGAUCAAGACAUUAAAGAUGUGUUCAUCACAGUAGACUGCCCGGAGAACCACGUCACAUCCAUAGAGACUUUCGUUACUUACAGGGUUAUAACAAAGACAACUCGCAGUGAAUUCGACUCCAGUGAAUAUGAAGUUCGUAGGCGUUAUCAAGAUUUCCUUUGGUUGAAAGGCAAACUUGAAGAGGCACAUCCAACUUUAAUUAUAAAUCCAUUGCCAGAAAAGUUUGUGAUGAAGGGAAUGAUGGAACGAUUUAAUGAUGAUUUCAUUGAGACACGCAGAAAAGCACUUCAUAAAUUUGUGAACAGAAUUGCAGAUCAUCCUAUUCUGUCUUUUAAUGAGGACUUCAAAGUUUUUCUCACAGCUCAAGCCUGGGAGCUGGCCUCCCACAAGAAGCAGGGCCCUGGUUUGCUCAGCAGAAUGGGGGAGACUGUGCGGGCAGUUGCUGCCUCAGUCCGAGGAGUCCAGAACCGCCCAGAGGAGUUUACUGCUAUGAAUGACUAUGUGGAGACAUUCAGCCAGAAAAUGGGCAUGCUGGAUAAGAUUGCUCAGAGAAUUGUCAAAGAACAGAAGGAGUACUUGGAGGGAAUGAAGGAGUGUGGUCCUGUGUACACUCUGUGGUCUGGCUCUGAAGAUCAACUAGUGGAGCCUCUUAAAGCUAUAGCUGGCUGCAUUGACAACUGCUGCAAAGUGACAGAGGAACAAGUGGCUGGUCUCUCUGAAAACCAAGUUCCCAUCCUACAUGAGUAUGUCCUCUGUGCAGAGACCUUGAAGGCUGUACUGAGAAGACGAGACAACAUUCAAGCGGAAUACGAAUCUAAAGUUGACGCGCUAGCCAGUAAGAAAGCAGAAAAGGAAAAUCUGAAGCACACUGAUCUAAGCUUUGUGUUUGGGGGUUUCCUCGGCAAAAACACAGAAGAAGCCAAACAUCAGAAGCAACAGAGACUUGAUUGUGAAAUGAAAGAGCUCAAGGAAGAGAUUGGGAGGCUAGAAGAUAAAUUGGAGUGCGCUAACAGCACUCUGAAAGUGGACUGGGAAAGAUGGAAAAGAAACAUGCAGGCUGACGUCAGAUCAGCAUUUGUGGACAUGGCUGACACGAAUAUGAAUUAUUACGAAAAGUGCCUUGCAAUAUGGGAGUCCUUCCUAACUUCACAGAAGACUGAAGUUCACGUGGAGAAAGACACAGAUUCCUAGAACAAGUUCUACUAGUUCUGGUUUUCAACCUACCAAAGAAGUGUUGCAGGUUACUUGAGGACUAUCUAACUGAAUUUGAUCUCCUUUCCUGUAUUUAACGCAAUAUUACAGAUUAAGGGUGAUGCCAAAUGUCAUUUUUAAAUAAAGUAGACUCGGGGUAUUCUGCAAUCCUUAUAUUUACAUUGGAUGAGGAUGCUGAUUUCCCAUCAGGUAAUCUUAAUAACUGUACACCGUAUAUAGCGUGUCAGUGGCGGCUGAAUAUAGGGGUAGAUGUACUAAAGUGUUGCGUCUGUCACAAUUGUUGCAAACCAGUUGGAAGUGUAGAGUGAAAUGUACUAAACAUAAUGCUGUUAGCAUCAUUUUAACGAGUGCUUUGCAGCCACAGUUCUUAUUUGCUGUUAU